AUGAAAUGGGUACAAUUAUCAAUCAAUAGCACUGAGGAAGUGGAAAAGCAAGCCUUUGAAAUUGCCGAACUCUACCGAGUGCUCUUUCUCCAACUAAAACUGGAGAAACAACAAGAAAUCCACAACUUGUUAAAACAUCCAAAAGAUGCCGAGAAGCCCAAAUCACAAAUGAAUUACGUUGAUAAGAUGGGAGUACUCAACAAAUUAUCUAUUGCCAUCAAAGAACGUAUACAGGAAAUUGAUGAAGUGAGGAAGUUGAAUAUCUCUAGUGACUUCUCGAACAAGUUGAAAGAUAUUAAAUCCAAGUUUGAAAGCCUCCUUAAUGCUUACAAUGUAUCAACAUUAUCUAAAAUUGAUGAAUUAAAAACAGCCCUAUUUGCUGUAAAACAAUCUACUCCAACAACUAUUGAUGAUAAAUAUGAAAUUACAGAGGAAAAUAAUCCGUUUUUAGAAAAUAAGCCAGAAAACUCGGGUUCGACUAAGCAAUCAUUACUAGAUGGUUUAAAGAGACAAGCCAUUAACAAAUCAAAGGCUCAAUCUGGAAAGAAAGUAAAACCAAUUUAUUCAUGGGAAAAAGGGAAUAAUAAUGAAAAGAAGCCAACACCAUCAGAUAUUGAGCUUCCACACAAUCUAGAUAAUAAUUCUUUUAGUGAUCAAAUGUCCAGAGUUGGAAAAAUGAUUGAAGAACAGCUAAUGAAUGUACAAAAACCAAGACAUUCCUCUCCUUCAGAGAUUUCUCCAAGAAGAUCCUAUGUAAAAAAGAAAGAAGAAAAAGAUGUAAUACACGCACCACUAGUUGAACAACAAUUAUCUCCUCGAAAUUUACACUUGGAAAUUGAAAUGAAUGAAGAAGAUUAUGCUAAGCUAAAGAAGAGAAGAUCAAUGUCAUUGAUUAAGGAGAGACCUAGAUCUGGUAGUCCAAGAGUUGUUGGACCAAGAGGGGAUAAAAUUAGAGAAUUAUCAAUGAGUGAUUUGAGUAAUUCAUCGGAUUCUGCCUCCUCUUCUGGAAAGAAGAAUUUCCUUCAAAAAGGAAAAGGAAGAUUGGCCUCGGAUGGUAAUCCGUUCCUUAAAAUUUACUCUCAACCUCAAAUUUUGUACAAUACAACAAACUACCUUGCUGGACUUGAAUAUCCGCAAGAACCUCUUGACAACUUGGACCAGUAUGAAAAAUCUCAGUUAUACUCUGCAAUCAAUGAAAAAUCUCCUGCAUUUUCAGUAGCAGAUGUUGAGGGAUUGUAUAUUACAACUGCUGGACCAUAUCAAGACCCUAAGGAUAAUUUUUUCAGACCUGACCAAAAAAACAAAUGGGUUGUCAGUAAGGGAUUCCAAACAGCAACACCAAGAAGAGAGGAAUUCACAAGAGACAAAUCACUCCCACAGUUUAUUAAUAGUGGAUUAAGAUAUGAAAGUUCAAAUCCAAAUAUUGUACAACAAAAAUUGAGAGCAGAUGAUAAGGAUAAGGAAAAGAUGAUAUCGCCUAGAGGUUUUAUUUCUUCGUUCGGUGGAAAUGGUUGUGCACCAAUUGACAAACAAUAUAGCUUUGGUUUCUAUAGCCCUACCAAAGGAUCUGUGCACUCAUUUACAGCUCCUAUUGAAAAGGUUAGAACUACCUCAAAAUCACCUGUUUUAACAAGACAAGGUUCAAAUGCAAUUAAUUCAUCCGCCAUCAAUGUAAUUGCUAGAAGUAUGGCCUCUCCUAAGCAAAGUCCAAGAGUAUCAUACAACCAUUAUUAAUUAAUAGAUCCAUAACAAUAUCUAUAUCUAGAGUCUUUGUAUCUGGUUUCAUUUUGUACACUCUUACUGGUUGUUCUACAUCUCAAUAAACAAAGUUCAAAAACUGUUUUUACGCCCUUAAAUAAUUUUUCAUCCUUCCAUUGUUGGAAUGAUCUUUGGAGUUCUUCUCUCUUGUCAAUAUCCAUACAGCAACUGACACAAUGUUCAUAAGAUGAGCAACAUUGAUUAGUGUGACAUGUCGAGCAUGAAUAUCUUUCAAUUGGUGGAAGACCAUCCUUUCUAGCUUGUUCGUCAUCAAUGUGUUUACAACAUCUAGUUUUUGGAUCUACAUGCAUAAUUGAGCAAACAUAUCCAAGACUAUCAGUAAUAUAUUCAGCUCCUUGUUUAGUAUUUCUACAUUGCACAUUUUCUACUUUAACUUUGAGAGAGUUGUCUUUUUCAGAGUCCAAAUUUUCUCCAAUUUGAGUGAUUGUGGUCUUUGUAUCUAGAAAAUCAAUCCUAUCAUCAAAAAAUCCAUCAAUAAUUGAAGUUUGGUGAUUCUUUUUCUUUGUUUCAAUUUUUUGUACAUUAAAACUGUCAGAAGACUGUGGUUCUUGAUUUUCCGCUUGUUGCAACAAUGAAUUAGUUUGUGUAUCCUUGUUAGUUGUGUCAUGAAUUCUUGGUCCAUUAUUAUUGCUAAUCUUUUCUCCAUCCUUCUUUAAAUUUGAAGGAGGAUGUAGAAUGCUACUCUUUUGUUCCGAUGAUGUUUGAAUUAUCAUUUGUUGUCUAUAUGAAAAGUAUUUAACGAACAGCACGAGUGAUACGGAGGAGAGCAUUGCAAUCAACAAUAUCAAAUAGAGUGCAAAUCGUGCAUUCAUU